AACUUUCCGUUUAGCAGGAAAGGGUUAUCUUGGGUAAUUACACAUGCUAUCAGUUUUGGGAAGAUAUAUACCUGCUGUAACGAAAUACUUUCCACAGUCAGGACUGGUCUCCUAUCCUUGCUGUCAAGAUAAUCAAGCAAAAACAGUCCUACUGGAAAAUUUUCAGCAUGAUAUUUUAUAUUUCUCUGUUCUUAUCCCUGGCUGUGGCACUCGAUGCAGCAUGCCCAGAAAUCGUGAGCCGGGCUGCUUGGGGUGCUCGGAACGUUAAUCCACAAGCGAUGAAAGUUCCUGUGAGUCACGUAUUCAUUCAUCACACAGCUGGCGCCACCUGCAACAGCAAGGAUGCGUGUUCGAAGGUUGCUCGUCAAACUCAGAACUACCACAUCGAUACUAGAAAAUGGGCUGACAUCGGAUACAGCUUCCUGGUAGGUGGAGAUGGCAGGAUCUACGAGGGCCGUGGCUGGAAGGCCGUCGGAGCCCACACCUACGGUUACAAUUCGAAGGCUAUCGGCAUUUCCUUCAUGGGCAACUUCGACAAAGCCCAGCCAAGUGCAGCUAUGAUAGAUGCUGCCAGGCAGCUAAUCGACUGUGGUGUGGAGAAGAAAUUUAUAACGGCCAAUCGCCAGAUACAUGGCCAUCGCGAUGCCAAGUGCACGGCUUGCCCUGGAGCUGCUCUUUACAGCAUCAUCCAGAAGUGGCCAGGAUUCAAAGGAGGAAAACUUCCCGGAUAUGUUUGCUAAAACAUGAAUUACCAAUGAAGAUUAUUUGAACAUCGAUUAUAUUAUAUUGUAUUAAAAUUUCCAUUAAUGA